CUGCGUUCAGCUUAGCAGGCACAGCUGUAGGCUUUUGACUGAGAUACCUAGGUAGAGGACCAGCAUCUAAUGUGCAUUGACGCGUUUCUGCAGCGCGGCUUUGUGGGUGAAAGCACUACUCAAAUGUCGUGAUAUGAACGACCCGAUCGAUACCCUGGCACCUGCCUUUUUCCUCUCCUCCGUUCGCUCCGCUUUCGAGAUUCUACGGUCCAAAGCAAUCGUCUUAUUUUUAAAAGAGACCAAUUUGGCAAAAUACUACUCUCCAUUCUGACCGGUGAUGGUAUCUCGAUCCAACGAGGGGGCCGAGGGGCUCCCUCCGUCUUCCAAGACGCCUGGUACCCCGGCAAAGGCACGGCUCACGAGACUGGGUUCCAGCCCAUCAAAACGAGAGGAAAAGACAAAGGACGAUAGGAUGAUAAAAUCCUCGGCAAAGGAUGUUGCGGAGCUGAAAGAUUUUCAACUCGGCGACUGCUUGGGUAGAGGUGCGUUUGGGUCGGUGUAUAGGGCGCUCAACUGGAAUACGGGGGAAACUGUUGCUGUGAAGCAAAUAAAGCUUGCGGAUCUUCCUAAGAGUGAGCUGCGCGUCAUCAUGCUGGAAAUUGAUCUCCUUAAGAAUUUAGAUCAUCCAAACAUUGUCAAGUACCAUGGAUUCGUCAAAUCCGCCGAAACUCUAAACAUUAUUCUCGAAUAUUGCGAGAAUGGCUCUUUGCACUCUAUCGCCAAGAAUUUUGGCCGUUUCCCAGAGACCCUGGUAGGAGUGUACAUGUCCCAGGUCCUUCAUGGACUCCUUUACCUGCACGAGCAAGGUGUUAUACAUAGAGAUAUCAAGGGCGCAAAUAUCCUUACUACAAAGGAGGGUCUGGUCAAGCUUGCGGAUUUCGGUGUGGCUAGUCGAACCACCGGAUUAAGUGAAUCAAGCGUUGUUGGUACCCCGUACUGGAUGGCCCCCGAGGUGAUUGAACUGUCGGGUGCCACAACGGCAUCAGAUAUAUGGAGUCUUGGUUGUACCGUCAUUGAGCUUCUUGAAGGGAAACCUCCAUACUAUAACCUGCAGCCUAUGCCGGCUCUUUUCCGGAUUGUCAACGAUGACCACCCGCCUCUACCCCAAGGCGCCUCUCCGGCUGUCAAAGACUUCUUGAUGCAGUGUUUCCAAAAGGACCCCAACCUUCGCGUAUCCGCCAAAAAGCUUCUUAAGCACCCUUGGAUUGUUAAUGCUCGAAGAUCAGAUUCCAUCGUCCCUAAGAAGUCGACCGAAUAUGAAGAAGCUGUGAAAAGUGUCCAAGAGUGGAAUGAAGCUUUACGUUCUCCUGAAACAGGUACACUCAGAAAGGGGGUAAGAUAUGACAAUCAAAACCCAGCAUCUUUGCGCCUGGAUAUUGGCCAGGCUCGCCAGACACCUACAAAGGACACUCUCCCAAGUCCUGUCUCCAGAAGUGUGGCAGAUCGAUUCCGGUCCCCUGUGUCAGCGGAAGAAGAUAACUGGGAUGAUGACUUUGCUACUGCUAUCUCGCCGAGUGCUUUACAGCUACCUCACCUUCGGCCACAUGACAACUUCGGAGGCAUGCUUUCCUCGGAGAAGCUCAAAGCUUUCGCUUCACUUGAUGGGACAGUUCUCAGGUCGGACGAUAGUUUCGAAGAAUUUGAAGACCCUUUUGGAAGGUCCUUGCAGCCCGGGGAUCCAGAUCCCUUGAAAACGAUUCGCCCAUUCUCAUCCCAGCAGACAGGUACAGGAAACGCAAAUUUCCAAAAUAUACCCCGUGGUCAGCCUGCUAAGAAUUCAAUCGCCCCAGGCAAUGUGCCAAUCCUACAAAAUCCAGUAUCGCCAAUGAGGCAGUCGCGCCCAGCGUCCUUUUACCAAGAGAACUCUGUAGAGGAUUACUCUGAUCUUAUAAAGGCAAACGAAGACGUUUUGGACCGUAAACUUAGUGCUUUUCAGGAAACCGACGAAGACGCAGAUUUUCUGGACCUGGAGACAUCGAAUGAGGUUACUCAUUACCAUGGCUCUUCCGAACACGCAGAAGACCAGCAGCCUCAAUUAAGAAAGCAAAUUUCCGUUAAGCGCCAUCGCUCAGCAAUAGAAAUUCAGCGUUAUGCGGAGAAUGAAACCGAUGAAGAUUUUUCGGACAUUCUAGGCGCUGAUGAAGUGACACUGGAUAAGUCAGAUAGCGACGAAAGCUCAGAAAAGAGCACUCUGAUGCUAAAUUCCAAAUUAUCUAACAACUCCUGGCUUGGAGACCAGGAUGAUGAGGAUGAUCCCUUUGCGCAGCUUGAGGAAGGGCUAGAUGAAAUGGACCUAGAAGCCAAUAUUGCACGUGAUAAGUACGCUCGACUACGAAACCAAGUUGAGGGGCUUGUGGACUCCUUGAAAACCUCUCAAGAUGAAGAGGUACUUGGAGAAAUCGCGCAACAGCUUCUAGCUAUCUUCUACGAUUUUCCCGAAACCAAGAACAUCAUCAUCAGCGCUCACGGUAUGUUGCCGAUACUGGAGAUUCUUGAUCUAUGUCGGCGGAGAGACACCACAUUAUGUCUACUCAGAAUAGUCAACGCAAUCAUCUACGACGAUUAUGAGGUACAAGAGAACCUCUGCUUUGUGGGAGGCAUCCCGAUUAUCAACGAGUUUGCCUCGAAGAAGUACCCAAGGGAAAUACGACUUGAGGCUGCAGCUUUCGUUCAACAGAUGUAUCAAACAUCAACCCUCACACUUCAAAUGUUUGUCAGCGCGGGAGGUCUUAAUGUCCUGGUUGAGUUCUUGGAGGAUGAUUAUGAAGAUGAACGAGACCUAGUUCUAGUAGGAGUGAACGGUAUCUGGAGCGUUUUUGAAUUACAGGGCUCGACUCCGAAGAAUGACUUUUGCAGGAUUUUGUCUCGUAGCUCUGUUUUGGAUCCUUUGUCUCUUGUGUUGAGUCGAGUGUUGGACGAAGAAGGAGAAUUGGCCGAGAUCGUAGAGGGCCGCAUCGCAAACAUCUUCUUUAUUUUUUCGCAGGCCGAGAACCAUGUUAAGGAGAUGGUUGCUGAGCGUACGGUUCUACAUAGGGUGUUAAAAGAGUUGAAACGCAUGACACCUUCUCACCAGAUUACAAUGCUCAAAUUUAUCAAGAAUCUAUCCAUGUUAUCCACAACUCUUGAUUCCCUCCAGAAUUCAAACGCCAUCGACGUGCUCGCAGACCUCUUGAGAUCCACCAUCAAGCGCCCCCAUUUCCGGGAGGUUUCGAACCAAAUCUUGAAUACAAUCUAUAACAUGUGUCGCCUUAAUAAAUCCCGGCAAGAGGAUGCUGCCCUUAAUGGCAUUGUGCCUCUGCUUCAGAAGAUUGUGAAAACUGAACGACCGUUAAAGGAGUUUGCAUUGCCAAUUCUUUGUGACAUGGCACACUCCGGGAAGGUUGGCCGUCGGGAAUUAUGGCGCAACAAGGGUCUCGCUUUCUAUAUCUCCUUACUCUCUGAUCCAUAUUGGCAGGUUACAGCUUUGGAUGCCAUUUUCAUAUGGUUACAAGAAGAAACAGCCAAGGUCGAGGAACACCUGUUGGAUAACCGCCAUGACAAACCUUCUUUUACGGAUGCUAUUGUCAGAUGCUUGACGUUGUCGAAGGCAAAUGCUUUCGAAAAUCUUUUGGAGCCUCUUCAAAAACUUCUAAGGCUCAGCCCUCCCAUCGCUUCGACUCUCGCCCGGCCAGACCUAUUCACCAGGAUCGGACAGAAGUUGCAUCACAACAAGGCUGCAGUUCGUUUAAACCUUCUCCGUAUUAUAUCCAGCAUCUGCGACUCAAGUGAGGAGCAGGGCGGACUGCUCGCCAAAUAUGGCCUCUUGGAUGCGAUUCGAGAACUUGAGCAUGAUCCCGCCAUUCUUGUUCGGGAUAUGGCUGGAAAGCUUAUACAAUCGAAUGAGCGAAGCGAAUCGUAUAAUCUAGCUAAGCGCAAACCUGCUGUACGGCGGGGAAGCACAUCUACAACACCACCCGGUCUCCUCACAAACCAGUCUGCACCCUCCACUCCCCAGAUAACUAGACCAAGCCAAUCAAAGGGAUAUUUUGAUGCUCGGGAGAGCCAACGACAUCCACGAACAGCACUAAGCAGUUCAGCACUGGCACUUCGUCCCGGGAGCAGAGAUGGGGUAGCCCCGGGUGUUACGCCCGGCAUGAAUGGGAGUGCUGGUGCGUCAAGGAGUAGGUUAUCUCGGGGGAUCUCUCAUAGACUCUCGCAUGUCGAUUUACUAGCCGAAGACGACGCCCGACCCCCAAGCUCGGUAUCUCGUCGGCAUUCAGUCCUCCCACGGCGCCGACGGCUGACACAGCUGGAGUCAGAACGGGCACCAUAGUUGGCAGGUUCAAGCCUUUUAUCUUCAACCCCUUUCUGCUAGCUUUCCUUCCGCGAGUUUCAAUUGUUGCAACUUUGAGUGUCAGGGUCCAAUAAUGUAUCGCAUUGUACGGGCGCAAUGGAGUUUUUCUUCUCUGGGUUUUGUCGUAUUUCUGUUUGUCACUGCGCGUGCUUUCCUUGUUUGAGGAUAUUCUAGCAAUCCUGGUCUAGAGAGUGCGGAUUGUUUUCCAUCAUCUGCUGAGGAUCAUGCGCAUGUACAUAGCAUUCGUCUCGGAAAUAUUGCCAGUGUUCAAUCAUAAAUAACCCUUCACGCCGUGUAAGAUUAAAAAGAAGGCAGACAGAACAGUAACUGUAUAGAUGUAGAUAGACGUCAUGUGAGGGUCAAAGUUCCCAUCCUGUUGCUACUAUUUCCGCUUUUGCUUCAGACUUUCGGUCAUAUUUUAUUCUCCCU